CUCGGUCACUGUUGGCGGUGAGAUGCCAGGAGACGCCGACGGAUUGUCAUCCGGUAAUGCCGAUUGGGUCCCGCAAUCUAGCCGACCAUUCAUUCGCUUAUCUCCCAUAUGUUUUAUCGUCGAUCGGGAUCUUACUGCUCUCACAGGCCUCGCCCGACAGGGGCCGAGAUGGGCCACGCGAUAAGUACGAGAGGUGGCACUGCAGCCUACAUAGCUACUUGUCGCGUGAGCAGUCUCCUCGACACUAGUCAUCAUGAGCUACGAGCGUAUCUCGCUUGAGCAAUUCAAGGAGGCUUUCUCCACAACGAUAGAACUCUCCAGCGCAGCUCUCGGAGGGCAGAUCGCUUCGGUGUCAGACGAGUUCUUCGCGGAGGCCUUUCAUCUGCUUCUAGUUGAACCCGCUCCGAGUCUAAAGGGCCAGUUCGGUCCGAAAGGUGCACUCUACAGCGGAUGGGAAACUCGCAGACACAACCCCAGCUAUGACUGGUGCAUAAUCAAACUGGGAACAACGGGGUCGAUAAGCGGAUUCGACAUCGACACCAGCCAUUUCAACGGGAACGAAGCACCGCAAGCGUCAGUCGACAUCCUCUACUCGCCGGAUGGCACAGCACCAGACGUCAAUGACUCGAGAUGGAAGGAGUUGCUACCCAAGGUUGAUCUCGGACCUGAUUCAAGGCACCUCUUCGGCGUACCUCCGUCUACCGGCGCCAACUACGUCAAGCUGAACAUGUACCCUGACGGCGGGAUCGCGCGAUUCCGCGUUUAUGGCUUAGUAUCGCCCGUUUUCCCCGUCGAUACCUCCGCCGUCUUCGAUUUGGCGCAUGUAUUUUCAGGCGGCCGCGUGGUCUACACAUCCGACCAACACUUUGGUGUUGGAUCCAACCUCAUUCUACCCGGGCGGGGCAAAGACAUGGGCGAUGGAUGGGAAACAAAACGUAGCCGGGCUCCAGGCCACAAGGACUGGGCAAUCAUCCGACUCGGAGACGCAGGCUACCUGUCGCAGGUCGAGAUAGACACCGCGCACUUUAAAGGCAACUUCCCAGCGUCCUGCGAGCUGCACGCGCUAUACCGUCCCGACGCGCUCGUUCCGACGGACGUACCGGAGGACGAGUGGACGCCUAUCUUGCCCCGCCAAAAGGUCGGCCCGCACCGCCAGCAUUACUUCCAACUGGAGAAGUCCGCCGCGGACGGCACACCGUAUACGCACGUGAGGAUCACGAUUUACCCUGACGGUGGCAUCAAGCGCGUGCGCGUCCUGGGACGGCGAGUGGCAAGCGCACUCUCCUCGACGGUAGGCGCGAUCGAGCCUGGAGAAGGCAAUGGUGUCACCCCCGAACUUGAGCAGAGCUCGCCUACACCAAAUGCAACCCAGGGUGCGACUGGGCCUGUGAUCCCGGCCUUGCCGCUCACCCCGGAGGCGUUCGCGCCGUUCGGAACGGUCGUGCAAGCGUACGCGGACGUGAACGCGGUGCCGGACCCUCGACACACGCGCAUCACCGGCGCCAACCAGGGCACGGCGACGAAGUUCCACAAGCUCGCGCUGCUAGAGUCAUCGUACCCCGAGGCGGCCCGCGCCCAGGCCACCGCAGGGCUGUCGGUCUAUCGGUGUACGCCUGUCGACGUGCAGCCGGGGGGCGAGUGGGAGGUGAAGCUGCUGGAGCGCCAUCCGUGCACGAACCAGGCCUUCAUUCCGAUGGGAGCUGGAGACGAGGUAGAGGAUCCCGGCACGCAGUAUCUCGUCAUCGUGGCUAAGAACGGGCCUGACGACAAGCCGGACAUGAGCACUUUGCGUGCCUUCGUUGCGUCCGCGGGACAGGGGAUCGUAUAUGACACUGGCAUCUGGCAUCAUCCAAUGGCGGUUCUGUACAAGACAAUGGACUUCACCUGUGUGGAGACACAGAUUGGCAACGGUGACAGCCUUGAUUGCGAGAUUGUUGAUUUCGACGGAUCCGCAGGUUACUACAGGGUACAGGUUCCCGAAGCUCACUGAUAGACUUCGAACAAUAAAACAUGAAGAGCU